GAGGCCUGGAGGGCGCACAAUUUAAGGCCUUUUCUGGUAGAAGAGACCACCAGGCCGGCUAAUCCUCCGGGCUGAGACUGGUUGCUGCCAGAAUCCUGUCUGGGAGCUUCUAGCAUUUCUUCUGCUUCUCGCUCCCAGCCCUUUGAGACCUGAGCUGCAGGCCCUUUCGCGGUUCUGCUGACGCGGGAGUUGUCCUUGAUCUUUGAUUUUUGACAGUGAGGCUCGGGAUGGCUUCCACGAGAAUCCGAGAGGCCAGGGAGAGCGAUUGUGGAGACAUUAUGAGGAUGAUCCGGGAACUGGCAGAGUUCGAGAAACUGACCCAUCAGGUGAAGAUCAAUGAAGAAGCUCUGAGAGCAGAUGGCUUUGGAGAAAACCCUUUAUUUCACUGUUUGGUGGCAGAGAUUAUUCCAGCACCUGGGGAGCCACAAGAGUCCCUUGUCGUGGGCUAUGGGGUCUACUACUUCAUCUACAGCACAUGGACAGGACGAAACAUUUAUCUGGAAGACAUCUAUGUGAUGCCGCAAUAUCGGGGUCACGGGAUUGGUACCAAAAUAAUCCAAAAGGUGGCUGAGGUUGCCCUCCAUAAGGGGUGCUCCCAGCUCCGUCUGGCAGUUCUGGAUUGGAACAAGAAGGCUGUGAACUUGUACAAGUCUCUAGGGGCUAAAGACCUGACCGAAGCAGAAGGCUGGCUCUCCUUUCGAUUCGAAGGAGAGGCAAUGAGAGAAUUGGCAAGAUGCUGACUUAUCCCCUCUCUCUCCUGCUUCUUUGGGAUCACCAUAUCAAGCUUUCCUAAGACCAUAUCCACAGGCACUGCCCCAGACAGACACACACCCAGAGGCUUCCCAGGGUGCAGAUUUCUGAAAUAUAGGGAGAGUGGAAGUAAGGGGAGAGAAGCCUUGUUAGGAACCACAAAUAAAAUACUUUGCCCUAAUGGGCAGAUGAUA